AUGCUUCCAGCCGCCACCCGUGAGGAGGCGGUGCGGUGGGGCACGCUGCUGCACGACGCGUUGCACACCGUAGGGCUCGCCCCAACCCCCGCCGUGGUGGCGGCGCUCAACGCCCUCACGUCGUACGCGGCGUCCCCGCUCACGCUCUACAGCGACCCGGUGACGGGCGCCCGCGCAGCCAAGUCGUACGGCGGUCUCCUGCUCGCCCUGCACGCGGCGACGUCGUCGUGGCCGACGGAGGUGCUGGAGCGUCUUGCGCCUCCGCCCGUGCGCAUCAGCGGCCGCGACGUUGCCGUGAGCGGGCCGGCGAUGGAGAUGUUUGUCGUCUUGUACGACGCCGCCGUCAGCAACUGCAACGCGGGCAUGGCUGCGAUGGAGCGUGUGCGGGCAAAUUACGCCCGCUGUGCGACGCGCAGCGCGUGCGCGGGCCUGUCCCCCAGCGGGGACACGAAGGCGGCGUUCAAGAGCUUCCAACUCGGGGCCGAGCUCGCGGCGCACGGGGAGCAGGCGUUGGCGGAGGAGUCGGACAAACUGCUCUCGCCCGCGGACUGCUACCUCGUCCAGCAGAACUUUGACUUCCGCACCCUCCGCGAGAUGGCGGAGUUGUGCAUGGCGGUCGCGAAAUACGCGCACGCCACCCUCUCCGGCGCCGUCGCGAAGAAGCACGACGCCCUUGCGAAGCUCGCCUACAGCGCGUACGCGGUACGGCUUCCUGCGGCCCACACCUCGGAGUCGCUCCGUUUCCUGCCGCCGCUGCUACUCGCGGCGUACCACCGCCACCGGGCGGAGCACUACAACAACGCGGCGCGGGUGCCUGACAUGUCGCUUGUGCUUGGCCACAUUGCCUACGCCCGGAAGCUCGUGGAGGAAGUAGAGCAGGAGCUCGCGCGCAGCGUGGCGGCCUCGGCGGCGUCGAAGGGAAAGACGAGACAGAGCGGCGGCUGGCAGCUGCUUGGGCGGUUGAGCGCCACGCUUGUAGGCUCCCAGGCGGCAAAAGCCGACGCCGCUGACACCGACGCUGACAGCUCGCCGGCGCAGUCCUUUAGAAAACUGGCGGAACUGCUGGAGGGGUCGGAUCUUCUGCGGGUGUUUCCGCUUGCCCCCGCGCUCCUCCGCGACAUCCCCACGCUGCACGACAGGUACCAGCACGAGAACAACGUCGUCUACUACGUGCGACCGGCACGGGAGGAGGACGUCAUCGCGGAUGCCCCCGAGGUCGAGGCCGAGGCGCUCAGCUCCACCGGCCCUCCCGCCGCGUACGUACCCCUGGCCACCAAACUCUCAGCAGACAUGACAAAGUUCGGCGAGCUGCCGGCUGAGGAAGCGUUGCGGGACUUACUGCAGCAGCAGGCGGCGACCCGCGGCAUGCGGGACGGCGUGCAGAAGCAGCUGGAGGAGCUUCAGGGGCUAAUCCAUAAGAUGGAGUUGGCGUUGCUCUUGCCGUCCAGUGUGGAGUCGGAGUUGGCCGCGCUUGAGGCGAUGCUGCACCGCGACAGAGGCGUCGUCGUGACGCUUGACGAACGCUUCGAGGAGGCGUACGAGUCCGUCGCGCAGGCCCUGCAGCGGUGCGAGAGGACGAACGAGGAGUUGUGUCGUGUGAAGAAGGAGAACCGUGGCAAAGACGCCGGCGGUGCGGUGGGGACAACCACGCUGCGGCAGCGCGAGCGGGCGUGGCACAAGAAGGCAGACGCUGUGCGCGCCGCUGUUGCGAAGGAGCUGCCGUGUUGCCGCAAGGCGGUGUUGCGUGAGGCACUGCUGCUCCCCACCGGGGCGGCGCUGCGCCUGUGCAUCGCACAAGCCAAACUUGCGGUGUCGAGAGCGAAGGAGACACUGGCGUGGGACGCCGCCCCCAAUGAUGCCUUCGCCGUGCACUUGGCGGAGCUCAGAGGCGUGAGGAAGGAGUCCGUUGCUGUGCUAGAGCAGAUGGCCCCGCUCUGCACACCGAAUCGCUGGAGGCGCGUGGCGGGGGCGCUCUCCAACGCGGCGGAGGUCAUCACCGCGGCGGAGGAAUUUGUGGAGGCGGCGGAGGCGGAGACGCACCUGACGGAGAAGCUGCGGGACCACGUCGCCGUCAAAGUGCGGCGCCCGCCGCCGCCUGAGCGCGUCGUCAGCCCCGAGUCGCGGCGGCAGCGGCAGAUGCCCGGCGCCCUCCCCUCAAGGGCGGUGGGAAGGCCCCCCAAGCGCGCUCGCCCCUCUGAGUCGCAAAGCGACGAGGAAGAGGAGGAGGCAGAGGAGGAGGAGGAAGAGGAGGAGGAGGAAGAGGGAAAAGCGGUCGAGUUGCCGCUGCGACAACAACGAAGGCGAGGGCCCCGAAAGGCGGGCAGAAAAACGGGGCAGCCGGCGGAGGACCGCGCACCCCCCGCGCCGUCGCGGACGGCCAAAGCGGCGGCGCGCAAUGCGGGCACGGCCGAAGUGACACCCGGCAGUGCGACGGUGCGCGUCCCCGAGGCGAUCGCCUCCGCGUCGCUGCUGGAGCGCCUUCGGCGUCGACGCCAGGAGUUGGAGGGGGAAGAGGAGGAAGCAAAGGAAGAAGCAGAAGGCUCCGGCAGGGGCGUGGGCAAAGGGGAGAAGGGCGGCGGAAGACGAGGGCGGCGGUAG